AUGUUAUCACGUCACGAAAACUUCCGAUGGUAUUCUUGGGUUACAGCUGAAUUAUCGCCCGAUGGGUUUCCGAAGUCACAAUCUAUAGAGGGACCUCUUAUUAUAUCGGAAGCUGUACAAGGAACAUUAGGUAGAUUACCAUGUAAUAUAACACCACCGGUGCCAGAAGAUCGAGUAGCUUUAGUAAUUUGGUAUAAAGAGGGUCAUUCAAAACCAAUAUAUAGUUUUGAUAAAAGAACAUCAAAAUUUGAAAAUGGUUCUCAUUGGGUCGAUGAUAUUCUUGGUAAAAGAGCAUUUUUUUUAAUAGCUGGUAAACCAGCAGCACUGACAAUCAGAAAUACAAGGAGUGAAGAUAGCGGGAUGUACAGAUGUCGCGUAGAUUUUCAAAAGAGUCCAACAAGAAACUCUAAAGUUCAAUUACGUGUUAUAAUACCACCAGAAAAUUUGGUUAUAUUAGAUGAUAGUGGUAACCAUAUACCACACUAUAUACUGGGACCGUAUAAUGAAGGAGCUUCCAUAAAUAUAACAUGUGUUUCAACUGGCGGUCAACCAUUACCAAAAGUUAAUUGGUGGCAUGAAAACACUUUAUUGGAUGACACUUCAACAAUACUGUCAGAUCGGCGUGUUAAAAAUGUUUUAGUAUUUGAAAAAUUAAAGAGAGAACAUCUUAAUAUGCAACUGACAUGUCUGGCAUCAAAUAAUAAUUUAACAACUCCAAUUAGUAGUACAGUGACACUGGAUAUGAAUUUACGACCAGUGUCAGUUAAAUUACAAGGUGAAAAUCGUCCUUUAUCAGCUGAUAAUUCAUAUCAAUUGAGUUGUGAAGUUGAAGGUGCUAGACCAGCACCAACAAUAACUUGGUGGAAAGGUAGUACACCAAUGAAAAAUACACAUGAAAUUUCCAAUCCAGAAGGAAAUCGUACAACUUCAAUUUUAACAUUUACACCAACAAUUGAUGAUAGAGGAAAAUUUUUGUCAUGUAGAGCUGAACAAACUUUUAUACAAGAAUCUGGUAUUGAAGAUGGAUGGAAAUUGGAUAUUUAUCACAUUCCAGUAGUUUCAUUAGAACUUGGCACAAAUAAUAAUGGGACAUUUCGCGAAGGAAUUGAUGUAUUUUUUGAAUGUAAUAUUAAAUCAAACCCAUGGGUGUAUAAAGUUAGUUGGAGGCAUAAUGGUGCACCACUUGAAAAUAAUAUUGCCGAAGGAAUUGUUGUAGCAAAUCAAAGUCUUGUACUUCAAAAUGUUAGUAGAGCACGUAGUGGUAUUUAUACAUGUGUCGGUAGUAAUAGAGAAGGAGAUGGUGAAAGCAAUGCAGUUCAACUUGAUAUUCGAUUUGCACCAGUAUGUCGCCCAGGUCAACGUACAGCUUACAGUUCUGGUCGCCAGGAAACAGUUAAAGUUAUUUGUGAAGUUGAAGCAAAUCCAUCAGAAGUUUCAUUUGUUUGGAAAUUUAAUAGUUCAACCACUGAAUACGUUGAUAUUGCAGCAUCAUUAGUUGCAAUAGAUCGUAGUCGUAGUAUUGCACAUUAUACACCAAUGACAGAACAUGACUAUGGCACUUUAUUAUGUUGGGCAAGCAAUGAAAUUGGUGAUCAAACUGAACCAUGUGUAUAUACAAUCAAUCCAGCUGGUGAACCAGAUCCUUUGAUAAAUUGUACAUUACUGAAUUUAACAUCGACAAGUUUUCAAAUUGAAUGCAUUGAAGGUUUCGAUGGUGGUCUUGAACAAGAUUUUAUUAUGGAGGUUUAUGUUAAUGGUACAACACGUAAUCCAAAAUUCUUUCGUUCAAAAAAUCCUUUUUUUGAAGUACGUGGUUUAGUUCCAGGUGUUGGAUAUAAUGUUUUCUUAAUUGCACAUAAUAGUAAAGGGAGAAGUAAUGCAACCAUUAUGCAAGUUUAUACAUUAAAAGAUCCUGAAAAGCAAACAGCUCCAGUUCUUCAUUUCUUUUCAACAGACUUAUCUUUAGCAUAUGCUCCGGUUAUUGAAGAUAUUCGACCAUUUCUUGGUAUAUUAAUUGGUGCCGUUGGUAGUAUAUUUUUGGUUGCAUUAAUAAUUGUAAUUGUUGUACGUAUGAGAGGUUCAUCGGGACGUGAUCGUAAUAAUUAUUCACAUCAAGUUAGUCGUGAUACAUUACAUAAUGGCCAAUCAGUACAAGAUAUUAGAAUUGGUAGGGAUACAUUACAAACAAGUAGUGCUGAUAGUAUUGAUAAAAAUCCUGAUAUUAUACCACAAGAUGAUCGUGAUGAAGAUGAUGAAUGGACAACAAAAGGUAAUAAUCGUGCCUAUGCAACAGCAGCAUUAGCUGAACAAAAUGCUAUAGUAACAUCAACUUAUGAUCGUAUAACAUAUGGUUUAAUUGAUAAAAAAGCUGUCCAAAAUCAUUUACAACAACAACAACAGCAACAACAAUUACAAAAUCAUCAUCAUCAACAGCAACAGCAACAGGCACAUCAUCAUCAUCAAAUACCUCCACCACAAUAUAUAACAACAUAUAAUACAUUAAUUCCAGUGAGUAAAAUUGGAUAUUCAACGCAACCAAACAAGACUGAAUUAAAUUAUGCUGAAUUAGCUGCCCCACAACCAAAUCAAAGAAUUCCAUAUUGUAGUGCUACAUUAGGACGUCCAAGGCAAUCAGAUAUUAAAAGAGCAGAGCCAAAUAUUUAUUCACAGAUUGACUUGGCACAUCAUCCAAUGUAUUCAACAAGUACAAUGUAUGGUACAAAUGCAACAUUAACUGGUGUUACAAUGUCACAUCCAUCACAAUUGGCAACAUCAUUUCCACCUCCGCCACCAAUUUUUGCUACGUCACAUAAACCGGCCACAAUAUCAAAUUCAACAACACAAUCAUCUAGUAUAGGAUCAUCUAAUACCAGUGGUGGUAGCAGUGGUGUAGGUGGUGGUGGUAGUGAUGGCAGUAGUAAUAUUAGUAGUGGUGGUAUAUUAACAUCAACAAAUUUAAAUGGAAUUAGUAAUAAUAACCCGAUUGUUGGUGGAGGUAGUAUAGUUGGUAGUGUUGGUAUUAAUAGUAAUAAUAUCAACGGUAGUAAUAAUAUUGGUGGUGGUGGUAGUACAAUAGCAAUUGGUUUAGUCUCAUCAUCGGCUGUAGUUAGUUUACCACCAUCAUUAAGUGGUACAGUACAUCAUCAUCAUCCACCCGUUGUAGUAGUACCAAAUAUUGGUGGUAUUACAACAGCUGGUACAAUACAACAGCAACAACAACAGCAAGGUACUACUGCAGUUCAUUUUACUGAUGCGAACUCUAAUACAGGCCUCCUUAAAACAGUUCCCGAAGAAACUAGUCAAAUAAAUGGUGAUGAUACAAUAAAAUCAAAAACAGAUAGAAAUCAUGCAACAAGAUUCUGACGCUAAAAUAUUAGAAUUAAAUAAAUUCUAAAUUUUUUUUUUAAUUAAAAUAAUAAAAAAGUAUAAAAAAAAUUAUUAUAUAAAAAUAAUGUAAAAUUAAUUCUUAUAUUUUUUAAAUUGAAAAAUAAUUCAUAUAAAAGAAAAUUAAAAAUUAUAAUGGAAUUAAAAACAAAACAAAUUAAAUAAAGGAGGAAAAUUAAAAAAUUAUGAAAAUUAGAAUUUGUAAAAAAAAUUAAA